CAGAUGUGGACAGCUCUAUAUGCGAAUGUCCGUUGAGUCGUUGAACAAGCUGCAGUUUUAAAUAGCGGUAUAUGAAGAGAGUCGCAUACUGAUACAUGUCCGAAUACUACGUUGACAGUGUAUUGAUGACCUUUAUUUGUGAAUUGUGUUGGUUCAUGAUAGUUAAAAAAACUACUUCUGUUUGUAAGUUUAUAUGUAAGAUCGCUAUGAUACGACGUAAAUAUAGAAUAGAAAGACGUUGAUAGGUUGUAGACAAGACUAUAGUGUUAGUGUUACAUCAUGAUGGUGCAACAGUGUUUGGCUUUAAGAAGGUCAGUUAUUAAUCCCAUGAUCUUUGUCUCUUUGAUGUGGGCGUCACAAGGCUUAAGUUCUCUUUUUAUUAUGACGUCAUAAGGCUUAAGUUCUAUUUUUUAAUUAUUUUUUUCACUUGCAAAUAUCGGGUGAAUACAUGAAAUUACGAGCAUAUAUGAAAUAGAACGAAACGCGUUAAGAUGCUUGGGCAAACACCAAUCUUUACUUGAGCCUAUAAAUUAUGAUCAUGUCUGGUUAUAAUUAAAAUCUUGAAUCUUCAGCACAAAUUUAAAACGUAUGAUACGUAUAUCUCUCUUGAUUGUAUUGAUCUUUAAAUGAAAUGCACACUGACUCUUUUAGUGUACUUGUAUAGCAGAAUUUGGAGCUCUAAUAAGCACGAACCAUUUAAAUCAAGUUGUAGAUUUUGUCUAACUGCGACGCCCUAAACUAUUAAUUAGGUAUGUGACCACGCCGACACAGUUUGUCGAAAGACGCUAUAUCAUGCCGGCAGAAGUUAAAAUCACGCCGAACUGAACAACCAGUUUGAAUUACGUAAUGUUUGGAUUAUGAAUAUAAUUACCGUUUGAUGUAAUUUCAUGAUGUAUGAACUAGUCUUUAUAAUAUCGUCAGUAUUCGGCUCUGUUCAAUAUAAGUGCAGUCAAUGUGUGUAGUGCAAGACACAGAAGGUCUGAUGAUUCAAUUGGUUUGACAAUUUGUAUUUGAAUAAUGCCAGAAAAUAAGGCCUUGGAUAAAAGUGCUGAAGAUGUCGGUAAAGAUGAGAAGACAUCCGAAGAAAAGAAAGAAUCUGGUGAAAAGAAGGCUGAACCAACACCGAUGGUUUCCUAUGGGGACUUGUUUCGUUUUGCUGAUCGAUUUGAUGUGAUUUUGAUGAUCAUUGGCACCAUCGGAAGUUUAGCCCAAGGAGCAAUGCUUCCAGUUCAGUUUAUUAUUUUUGGUGAUCUCUCAGAUUCUUUCAUUGAAUAUACAGUAUGUUUGGAUCCUCGUUCGAACUGUACAACUAUUCCUAACAUUGAGGAAGAUAUGAAGCCAUUCGCUUAUUACUACGUGGGUAUCGCCGUUGCCAUGGCAGUAGCUGUAGGUAUACGGAUGGUCACAUGGGGAUUGACUGCUGAACGUCAGGGAAAUUCAAUCCGCAAAGCUUUCUUCAAAUCCAUUCUUCGUCAAGAAAUGGGUUGGUUUGAUACGAAUGAUGCUGGAGAGCUAAACAAUCGCUUAUCUGAUGAUUUGAAUAAAAUUGUGGAUGGACUUGGUCACAAGUUGGCUUCGUUUCAAUAUUGCAUUUCGGGCUUUAUCUGUGGUUAUUUUCUUGGUUUUUUCUAUGGAUGGAAACUAACGCUUGUUAUAUUGUCCCUUUUUCCCGUUAUUGUUAUAUCUGGCGGAUUCUUAGGAUGGGUGAUCACGGGUUUUACGACAAAAGAGUUAAAAGCAUAUUCUGAAGCAGGUAGCGUGGCCCAGGAGGUUUUCUCUUCGUUUAGAACAGUUGCAGCAUUUGGCGGAGAAGAAAAAGAAACUGAAAGGUACACCUCUCGUCUUGGCGCAGCUCGUAAAAUGGGAGAGAAAAAAGGAUUGGCAAAUGGUCUUGGCAUGGGGGUGUUUAAUUUCAUCAUGUUUUGUUCUUACGCCUUGGCUUUUUGGUAUGGAGCUACGCUGGUUAUCGAAAAAGAAAUGACUGGUGGGGAUCUGUUGAUCGUUUUCUUCACUGUUAUGAUUGCAUCUAUUUUGGCUGGUCAAGCUGGACCCAGUAUGCAAGGAAUUGCCUCGGCAAGAGGUGCAGCCUAUCACGUCUACGAGCUGAUAGAUCGCACUCCUGCUAUUGAUAUUUCAUCUGAAGAUGGCGUGGUGCCUGAAACGUUAGAAGGAAACGUUGAGUUCAAGGAUAUUUCAUUCACGUAUCCUUCGCGGCCUGACAUUCAGAUUCUAAAUGGGUUUACUCUGUCAGUGCCUAAAGGAAAAAGAGUUGCACUCGUUGGUGAAAGUGGUUGUGGCAAAAGUACUGUGGUUAAACUCAUUCAAAGAUUUUAUGAUAUUGCAGAAGGCAAUCUGUCAAUUGACGGACGAGGCAUCAAAACGUAUAAUCUUAAGUGGCUUCGUCAGCAUAUCGGCGUAGUCAGUCAAGAACCUGUUUUAUUUGCAACCACAAUUGCUGAAAACAUUCGUUAUGGAAGAGAUGAUGCAACACAAGACGAAAUUAAAGAGGCGGCGAAGAUGGCCAAUGCACAUGAUUUUAUAUCCGCUAUGCCGCAGGGUUAUGAAACGCUAUGCGGAGAGAGAGGAGCUCAGAUGAGUGGAGGUCAAAAACAACGCAUUGCCAUUGCUCGUGCACUAGUCAGAAAUCCUACAAUAUUAUUGCUAGAUGAAGCAACAUCAGCUCUUGAUACUGAAAGUGAAUCCAUUGUUCAAGAGGCACUGGAUAAGGCAGGAGAAGGUCGAACAACUUUCGUUAUUGCCCAUCGUCUUUCUACCGUUCGUGAUGCAGAUAUGAUUGUUGCUGUGAAAGAUGGUGCUGUGGCCGAAAUCGGUACACAUGACGAGUUGAUGAACAAAGAUGGUGUCUAUAAGCAAUUAGUUAUCUUGCAGACAAUAGAAGAAGCUGAAGAAGACAGCAAAGAGGAAAACGUGGAUGAUUCCGUUAAGAAUGGCCAUCCACCUGCAGUGCUUGUUCGAAGUAUUUCCUCUGGAAGUGAAAGAGCAAAACAUUCCGUUCAUUCACCUAAAGUAAAUCGUCAAGUAUCAAGACAACAGUCAGGAUAUAAGCGUCAAGAAAGUGAACAUGUUAUUGAAGAAGAGGUUGAACCAGCAGCAGCGUUAAGAAUUAUUAAAAUGAGUAAACCAGAAUGGCAUUAUUUACUUCUUGGAACGUUUGGUGCAGCAAUCAAUGGCUCAUUUCCUUUUGUUUUUGCUUUUCUUCUUGGUGAAAUAUUUGGCGUAUUCGCAAAAAAUCCUGAUAUUCCUUCUCAGAGGAACGAAAUGGAAGAAGAUUCGGAAUUUUGGUCGUUAUUAUUUUUGGCUUUAGCUUUUGUUAUGCUGUUUGGGAAUACAGUUCAGUUUUGGAUGUAUGCUAUAGCUGGAGAAAUUUUAACAGUGAGAUUGCGAAAGCAAGCAUUUAAAUCUAUGGUUCGCCAAGAUACAAGUUACUUUGACGAUCCCUACCAUUCCACUGGAGCGCUUACAUCAAACCUAGCCACCCAUGCAUCAAGUGUUCAAGGGGCAACAGGACCAAGAUUAGGAGGAAUUGCAUCGUCUCUCAUUACAACAGUUGGUUGUUUAGCGUUAGCGUUUGCUUCUGGUUGGAAACUAGCUUUGCUUGUAGUUGCUUUUAUACCCUUUAUUAUCAUUGGAGGUGUGAUGGAGAUGCGGAUGUAUUUUGGGGACUCAGAAAAUAUUAUCAAUUCCGAAGAGGCAGGCAAAGUAGCUGUUGAAACAAUUUUAAAUAUCCAAACAGUCGCUACGUUGGGCAAGGAAGAAUGUUUUUAUGAGAAAUACAUGGAAGCUGUCUCAGAGAUGUACACAAAACGUAAAAGAAAGGGUAUAAUCGGUGGAAUGUUCGCGGGAGUAUCCCAAAGUUUCUUUUUGUUAUCCAAUGCAGCAGCGUUCCGUUUUGCGGGAUAUUUGGUGCAAAAUGGAGAAAUGUCUUUUACUGACGUCAUGAAAACUAUUCUUGCGGUCCAAAUGGGAGCUAUGAUGGCAGGACAGAUGAGUGCAUUAACACCAGAUUAUGUCAAAGCAAAAAUAGCUGCAGCCAGAAUGUUCAAGCUGUUUGAUACAACUCCUAUUAUCCAAAGUGACUCCGAAGAAGGACUGAAACCAAGCACUAGCGAGGGCUAUAUCGAGUUUAAGGACGUCACAUUCAGAUAUCCAUUCCGUCAAGAUGUUAAAGUUCUUCGUGGAUUGAAUUUAAAAAUAGAACCAGGAAAGACUGUUGCUUUGGUUGGAUCAAGUGGCUGUGGGAAAAGCACUACUGUUUCACUCAUUCAAAGGCUGUAUGAUAUUGAAAUGGGCAGUGUUAUGAUUGAUGGUAAUGACAUCAGGUCGUUGAAUGUUUCAUGGCUUCGUCGCCAGAUUGGGAUAGUUUCUCAAGAACCUGUUCUAUUUAAUUGCUCUAUUCGUGAUAACAUUGCGUAUGGAGACAUCAGCAGGGAGAUAAGCCAAGAGGAAAUUGAAAACGCAGCGAAAGCAGCGAAUAUUCAUGAUUUUAUUAACACUUUACCGAAGGGCUAUGACAGCAUGGUUGGAGAUAAAGGAACAUUAAUAUCUGGAGGACAAAAACAAAGGAUCGCCAUUGCUCGAGCACUGAUACGUAAUCCUAAAAUACUUCUGUUGGACGAAGCCACUUCUGCGCUUGAUACAGAAAGUGAAAAGGUUGUUCAAGAAGCUCUGGACAGAGCAUGUGUUGGUCGAACAACGUUAAUAAUUGCUCACAGAUUAUCUACAGUACAAAAAGCAGAUAUGAUAGCAGUAAUAAAAUCUGGUCAUGUCGUUGAAAAAGGAACCCAUCAGAAAUUGUUGGAGAUGAAAGGCGCUUAUUAUUAUCUUCAGCAAGCUCAGACUUGAUGUGGUAAAGUUUCUUAUU